GGUGUGGCUUUGCCUUGUCACCAGGAGGGUAUAUAUAGGGAGGGCAAGAGCUCUGGGACAUCCUCCUGGGAAGCUUCAAUAUAGCUGUGGAAGUCUGCAGUCUACAAGAGCCUACUAUAGACAUUCUACAACCAACCAGAAUCAUGGAACAGCCAACUUCAAGCAGCAAUGGGGAGAAGAGGAAGAGCCCCUGCGAGUCCGACGAUGAAAAUGAUGAGAUGCAGGAGGCACCGAAAGUCUCAACCCCCUAACAGAGCUUUCAAAAGACAAAAACAAUAGAAUAUCUAACAAUAAUAGUGUAUUACUACAGGAAGCAUAAGAAAAUAAAUUCAAGUCAACUGGAGAAUGACCAGUCCUGAGAGAACUCCAUCGAUCCAGUCCAAGAGGAGGAGGAUGAAGGCCUAGACUCAGCUGAAGGAUCUUCACGGGAGGACGAAGACCUAGACUCAUCUGAAGGAUCUUCCCAGGAGGAUGAAGACCUAGACUCAUCUGAAGGAUCUUCACAGGAGGGUGGGGAGGACUAG